CAGUUCAGGCCACACGUGGCACAACAAACCCAGCUCGCCGGCCGUGUCACGCGCCCGCUCCCCCAUAUUCCUCCGCUACCGACCCCGUCAGCGUCGCUCGCGGGGUCCGGGGAGGAGGGGGACGAUCUUCUCCUCCUGCAGGGCCACUUCCGAGGGAAGAGCAGCAGCGGGGGCCGGCCAGGCGGAGGGAUAUGGGGGCCGUCCGGGUGAAAGGGUUUUGGCGCGCCGGACGCAGGGGCUUGUGGGCUCGGCCCACGGAGCCGCUAGGGGCUGCAGCAGAGCCGCCAUGUCCCAGGAGGAGCCCCCAGCCGGGGAGGCCGAGGGCUCGGCCCAUGCCGCCAUCGACCGCCUCUGCCAGGACCUCAACCUGGACGCGGCCAGCGCCGCUGAGGCGCUGCGAGACUUCACGGCGCUGCGUGGCACGUACAGCCUGGAGGGAGAAGUGGUGCAUUGGUUGGCUUGUGCUCUGUAUGUUGCUUGUCGUAAAAGCAUACUUCCCACGGUUGGAAGUGGCCUUAUGGAAGGAAACUGCGUUUCACUGACUAGGAUACUACGGUCAGCCAAACUAAGUUUAAUUCAGUUUUUUAGUAAAAUGAAAAAGUGGAUGGACAUGUCACACCUGCCGCAGGAAUUUCGGGAGCGAAUGGAGAGGCUGGAGAGAAACUUUGAAGUAUCGACUGUGAUUUUCAGAAAGUUUGAACCAAUAUUUUUGGAUGUAUUUCAAAACCCUUAUGAAGAAACACCUAAACCACAAAGGAGCAGAAAACAGAGAAGGAAGUGCAGUGUUAAAGAACUGUUCAACUUCUGCUGGACACUCUUUGUUUACACCAAGGGGAAUUUCUGUAUGAUUGGAGAUGAUUUAGUAAAUUCCUAUCAUUUGCUUCUGUGCUGCUUGGACCUGAUUUUUGCAAAUGCCCUUUUGUACCCAGAUAGGAGAGAGUUGUUAAAUCCAUCAUUCAAAGGUUUACCAGCAGACUUUCACACUGAUGAAGUCAAGGCCUCUGAAGAGCCUCCUUGCAUCAUUGCCACACUUUGUGAACUUCAUGAUGGACUUAUGGUAGAAGCCAAAGGAAUAAAGGAACACUACUUUAAACCCUACAUUUCAAAGCUCUUUGAUAGGAAGAUUUUAAAAGGAGACUGCCUCUUGGAUUUUUGCAGCUUUGCAGAUAACAACAAAGCAUUGAAUAAGGAGUAUGAAGAGUAUGUUUUAUCAGUGGGUGACUUUGAUGAGAGGGUUUUCUUAGGAGCAGAUGCAGAAGAAGAAAUUGGAACUCCCCGAAAGUUUGCUGCUGACAUGCCAGUGGGGAAAACAACAACAAGAGCUCACGUGGAGUGUCAUCUUCAGCAGCAUUUUGAAAAGAAAAGAUCAUUUGCACCUUCUACACCACUGACAGGAAGGAGAUACCUGAGAGAGAAGGAAGCAGUAAUCACUCCUGUUGCUUCAGCAACACAAAGUGUGAGCCGGUUACAGAGCAUUGUGGCUGGGUUGAAAAAUGCACCAAGUGAACAGCUUAUAGCUAUCUUCGAGUCUUGUGUACGCAACCCUAUGGAAAGCAUCAUGAAUCGAGUUAAAGACAUAGGUGAGGCUUUCUGUCGGAGUUAUACUCAGUCAACAGAUGACCAGCCAGGAUCUCACAUAGAUUUUGCUAUUAACAGACUAAAACUGGCAGAGAUUUUGUAUUACAAAAUUUUGGAGACGAUAGUGGUACAAGAAACACGAAGAUUGCAUGGGAAGGACAUGACAGCUCUCUUGGAGCAAGAUAUUUUCCAUCGUUCCCUGAUGGCAUGUUGUUUGGAGAUUGUGCUAUUCGCAUAUAGCUCACUUCGAACUUUCCCUUGGAUUAUUGAGGUUCUUGAUCUCCGACCAUUCUAUUUUUAUAAGAAUAAAAGGGCUUCUGGUCUCCUCCCAGAGGAUCUCAUCGUGGAUUGCAUCCUGUAUAAGAACAUGCUACGAUCUCCAGGUGUCCACCCUCCGUCGAACUUAACAGCUCAGUCCACGAGGUCCCAAGAUUCUUCGGCAGCCUUCUUAGUGCAGGUUCCAAUCCAGGACUUAUGCAGAGCGGCGACAUGGUCCUCGGUGCAUACCUUUACAAUACACUAUCCUAUCACGCAGCAGGUGAUUGAAGUAUUGAUUCGGUCUGAGGAAGGACUCUCCAGAGACAUGGUGAAGCACCUCAACAACAUUGAAGAACAGAUUCUGGAGAGUCUAGCCUGGACCAGUGACUCUGCCCUAUGGAAAGCUCUACAAGCCUCAGAAAACAAGGUCCCAACCUGUGAAGAAGUAAUAUACCCAAGUAACUUUGAAGCCAGUAAUGGAGGAAGUGGACUAGGGCACCUCCCUAUGAUGCCAAUAUCGCCUAUUGUGCAUCCCCGAGUGAAAGAGGUUCGCACGGAUCUUGGUGGAAGUUUACGACGGGACAUGCAGCCAUUGUCUCCGAUCUCUGUUCAUGAGCGCUACAGCUCUCCUACAGCUGGAAGCGCUAAGAGAAGGCUCUUUGGCGACGACAGCCCGAAAGACGUGCAGGUAGAAAAGGUUCUCUCUGAAGGAACAAAGUUGAAAAUUGCCCCAGCUUCAAGCGUUGCUGCUGAAAAUGUCUCUCUCUCACCGGGACAGACAAUUUUGACCAUGGCAACAGCUACUGUAACAGGGACAAUGGGACAGAAAGUUACAAUCCCACUGCAUGGUAUUGCAAACGACACUGGAGGGAUCACCUUGAUUCCCAUUUCAGUGAAUUUAUCUCAGCAGUCUAAAGUGGAGAGUCAUGGACAAGUACCUCUCACUGCUGAAGCUUUAAUUGGUGCAUCUCCAAACCAUUCCUGUAUGAAUCAAGCACAGGAAGCACAUCCGUCAGCAGGAAGCAAACCAAAGAAAAUUGGCUCCCUGGCACUGUUUUACAGAAAGGUGUAUCAUUUGGCAAGUGUGCGCUUGCGUGAUUUGUGCUUAAAACUGGAUGUUUCCAUUGAGUUGCGCAGGAAGAUAUGGACAUGUUUUGAGUUCACAUUAGUUCAUUGCACUGAUCUAAUGAAAGACAGACAUUUGGAUCAGCUCCUCCUUUGUGCCUUUUACAUUAUGGCAAAGGUGACCAAAGAGGAAAGAACUUUUCAGGACAUAAUGAAAAGCUACAGAAACCAGCCACAAGCAAACAGCAAUGUUUACAGGAGUGUUUUGUUGAAAAAUAGUCCCAAAGAGGUCACAUCAGAAAAUACAAAUUUAACCCAAGAUGUGGAGAUGACAGGUGGUGACUCUCCUGGGAAAUUGUGUCUUUCACUUGUAAGAUCAACACCAGAGAACUCAAGCGAAUCAGGAAAGGAGGAGAGAGGAGAUCUGAUAAAAUUUUACAAUGCAGUCUAUGUAGGAAGAGUAAAAUCAUUUGCACUCAAGUACGAUGUCACAAACCAGGAUCAUGUAAUGGAAGCGCCUCCACUUUCCCCAUUCCCCUACAUUAAACAGCAGCCAGUGUCUCCUCGGCGGAUAUCCCAGCAACACUCUGUUUAUGUUUCACCACACAAGAAUGGUGCCUGCCUGACGCCUCAGACUGCUCUACUGUACAAGUUUAAUGGGAGCCCUUCUAAGAGUUUGAAGGACAUCAACAAUAUGAUAAAACAAGGUGAACACAGGAGUAAGAAGCGAGCAAUUACAAUUGACAGUGACAGUGAGUCUCCAGCAAAACGACUCUGCCAGGAAAAUGAUGAUGUCUUACUAAAACGUCUUCAGGAUGUUGUCAGUGAAAGAGCAAAUCACUAACAUCUACAAGGGACUGAAGCUCCAGAGUUCAUCACACCUGGGAAACAAUUUUUCCAGUUUUCCAGCUGUGGUGUGUGCAGGCAGUUUACUAAUUAAUGUGUAAAAUUGUACUGUCACCUGACUUCAGUAGGAAUGCAAAAAGGAAGUGUUAAGGACUGAACUGUGGGGAAUUAGAGGCUAUGAUCACAUUAACAUUAUUGCUGUCAGACGUGCUAUGAAUCUAUCUGCUGAUUCGCAUGUUGAAAUGGUUCUUUGAGCCAUGUCAGAUAUUCACCUCUAAUCUUCUAGUUUAGCGGUUCUGCUUUGAGCAUGAGAGCCAGCUCCUAGUUUCAGUGGUUCUGUUUUUGAAAUUGAAUUGACUGGAUGUAGGAAAGCAGCAGGGGCAAUCACUAUACUCAGUGUUUGGGGAAACACCUCAAGUGCCUUUUUGUUUUUACAUGAAAAUUAUAGAAUCUUAUGCAUUACUUUAAUGUGGACAGAUCAGGAGACAACUUGUUUGUUUUACUACAUUAAGGGUUAGAUAAACCCAUCUGUUCUUCAUUCUGCAUUCUAUAUUACGUGAAAAAAGUCACCUUUUAUCAAAGACUUGAUAAUGUGAUUUGAACAGGGUUAAUUUUUGGCUUUUAUAGCUGAGUAUAACUGGUAAAAUGCUAUUCUCCACCUACUUUGAGGAUGUCAACUAAAGUGAAUGUUAUGACAUGGAUUAAAUGUUUCUUAUGGUUUGGGAGAGAAAUCAGCAAGUACAACUGCAGAGGCCUAAACUGAAAGCACACUUAUUCUAGAGUGUUGCGGAGAUGUUUCUGGGAGCCUUUUCUGAAUUCAGCUUCCUCCAGAGCAGUGAAUGCUGCCACUGGAGACAGAUCUGAAGCACUCCUUCCUUCUGCACAUCGCAUCUGCAGCACUAAAUAUUCAUAGAUACUGUAUCUUAACUGAAAAAGGCUAGCGUGUAUCAAUAAUGGUUAAACAGUUCUGGGCUUUGGCCAUCGGUUACUACAGUAGCAAAUGUGUGAUGAUUCAUUUAAUGAACUUAAAAUUUCUUUUCUUUAGGAUUUUUAUAUUUUUUUCUGACAAGUGUACUCUCCUAUGUUGUGUAGUAUCUACACAGAAUGUAAGCCCAAACAGAUGAGGCAUGUUUGUACUUUUUUUUUUUUGUAGCUAUUACAGACAUGUAGCUUUAGCUUUGUUCCAAUGGCAAUGUGUAAAAUUCCAGCAAAACUCCUACGUUUUAAAUAUUAGAAUUUUGAUAGGAUUGUUUUAUCAAGAUGAGGAAAACUUAAUGUUUAUAUAAUACUGUUUAUAAGCAAUAGUCUAAUUUUAACAGUAGUGAUUUUUUUUUAAAGCUUAGAGCCAUAAGGUAAUUCUGUGUUGUACUUUUCUGUUCAAAGUUGCUAUAAGCAUCUUAUACUUACAAACUUGAACUGUCUUUUUAAUGGACAACUCUUUUCUAGAGCUCUGACUAUUUUACUUAGCUUUUAUUAGCUUGAUUAUUGAGCACACCAGGAUUUGAUACAUCAUAAUUUUCAGUGGAACGAACUGGAAAUCUGGUGGAUGAACUUGAUUAAAUUGAUUAUAAAAGGAGAGCGCUUUGGUUUACAUAUUCAUCUUGGUAAUCAGCAAUGAAAGGAGAGGUCACAAGUCCCCUAAGGUUUUGAUAACAUUAACUUUUUGAAGGUUGCCAUUGUUUUGACUGCUCUGAAAAACAUGUUUUGCCUUUUGAAAGUUUUGAGAAUGAAGACUGCAGUGUUAUAAAGUGGCAUAACAAAAGAUAUACUAAUCUUACAGUUAACUCCUUUUAAGUAUGUGAUGUUAAUGGUUGAAAAAAAAAAACA